AUGGCGUCCUCGGGCUUAUCUGGUGCCGUAACUCUGCUCCACACCGCGUGUGGGGCGGGAAUUUUGGCCAUGCCAUACGCUUUUAAACCUUUCGGGUUGACGUUAGGUUUUCUGAUGAUUGUCUUCUGUGGAUUAUGCUCCGUAUCGGGCCUGGUGAUUCAAGGACGGGUGUCGAAAUACGUUUCAUCGAGAAAUGCAUCGUUUUUCGCCUUAUCCCAGAUAACUUAUCCGCAACUCAGCGUGGUCUUUGACUUGGCCAUUGCAGUCAAGUGUUUUGGUGUAGGGGUUUCGUACCUUGUGGUCAUUGGGGACCUCAUGCCACGUAUUCUAGGAGCUUUCACCUCUAGGUCCCUGCUUCUGAAUCGCAACUUCCACAUCUCGAUAAUAAUGCUCUUUAUUAUAUCACCACUGUGCUUUAUGAAAAGGUUAAGUUCCCUGCGUAAUGCAUCGAUUAUCGCUAUUUCGUCCGUGGCAUACCUGUGCGUCCUUGUUGUAGUACACUGUGUUUGGCCAUCAGAAGAAAUAAAAGCGAUUAAGGGGCAUGUUAGUGUGGGAAGGCCCGCUGAGCCGGUUUCUGCUAUUUUCAGUUGUUUUCCAAUUUUCGUCUUUGCUUAUACAUGUCAUCACAAUAUGUUUUCAAUCAUCAAUGAGCUGAAGGACAACAGCACAAAAGCUAUCUACAGAGUUUCUGCUGCGUCAGUUUCGGUUGCCAUGGUGUUAUACCUCGCCAUAGGUGGCUCGGGCUACGCUACGUUCGGAGACCACAUUGCAGGGAAUAUCAUAACGUUAUACCCGCAAUCUACAAGUACCAUUGUGGGCCGCAUUGCUAUUGUGCUGCUGGUGAUGUUAGCCUUUCCAUUACAAUGUCAUCCAGCGAGAGCUUCGAUUGAUCACAUCAUUCAUUUCGUCAAUUCCGGAGCCUGGAAAAAGGCGAAUGAACCUGAGCGCUCCAAUCUCCUACCCCAUAUUGUGGAGGACGACGAUGUUCUAGUUGAGGAAGGUAGUCCACACCAACAAGUCGUUGUGCCACUCGACGGUCAACGCUUCGCUAUCAUCACGACAGCGAUCUUGGUAUCCUCAUAUCUGUUGGCAAUUUCUGUAACUUCGCUGGCCCGAGUUCUUGCAGUAGUUGGUGCCACGGGAUCUACAUCCAUUGCUUUCAUACUUCCUGGAAUAUUUGGGUUCAAGCUGAUCGGCUCUGAAUACGAUGUAGGUCAGAUCCCAACCUCUGCAAAAUGGCUCAGAUUAUUGUCCAUUUCGCUAGCCUGUUGGGGGGUCUUUGUGCUGGUAACGUGCCUAUCUGCAACGCUUUUACUGGGAGGCGGCCAUUGA